AUCAGUUUUUAUAUCCCCAGGACGGGUUGGAUCUAAAUGUGAAUAUGGGCGUUAAGAGUUCGCAUUUUUCUUCAUAUGGUGUAUGAUGGCGGUUUCCUAUUCUCUGUGUCCUCAAUAUCUGAGAGUUUCCUCUGGAGCCCGUCUUUGCAUUUCCAGUGGCGGAUACAGUUGGGACACCCAUAAGAAGAAGACCCGUCAUCUUGUUUAUGCUUCCACCCAGAAACCAGUGAAAACCCUUUGUCUUGAUUCCGAGGCCCAGACAUUGUUAGACAGUGUAAAGUGGGAUGACAAAGGUUUGGCAGUGGCAAUAGCUCAAAAUGUUGAUACAGGAGCCAUUCUAAUGCAAGGCUUUGCAAACCGAGAUGCAGUCCUUACAACCAUUUCCUCUAGGAAGGCAACAUUCUAUAGCAGGUCGCGGUCGAUGUUAUGGACGAAGGGAGAGACCUCUAUGAAUUUCAUCAAUAUUCAUGAUAUAUUUCUUGAUUGUGAUCGUGACUCUAUAAUAUACCUUGGGAAGCCUGAUGGGCCUACCUGCCAUACAGGGUCAGAAACUUGUUAUUAUACAUCAGUGUUUGAUUUAAAAGAACAUCAACAGGUUGAAGGAAAUAAAUUGGCAUUAACAACGUUGUACUCAUUAGAGUCAACAAUCUCCCAACGCAAAGCAGAACUAGCAGCAGAAGAAAACGGAAAAUCUUCAUGGACAAAACGUUUAUUAAAACAUAAUGACCUUCUGUGCUCAAAAAUCAGGGAGGAGGCAGAAGAGUUGUGUAAAACACUGGAAGAAAAUGAGGACAAGUCACGCACUGCCUCAGAGAUGGCGGAUGUCCUCUAUCAUGCCAUGGUUCUUCUGGCAGUUAAAGAUGUGAAGAUAGAAGAUGUUAUGCAAGUUCUUAGGCAGAGAUUUUCUCAGUCAGGCAUCGAGGAAAAGAGAACUCGAAUAGCAGAAAGCUAAGCGUGGGCUGUAUAGGCUGUGCAGUCUGUUCAUGUUAACCAUCAACAUUUCAAUUGGUAGUUACUGUUUAUUCAUGAACAACUCCAGUCCAUUUGAGUGCCCCAGGAAUUGGCGUUAUCCUAGUUCUUCCAUCUAACUGCUGGUUUGGCUCUGGAUGACUUUGUUUUAACCCUUUUCGGUAAAAGACUAAAGAGACAGAUUUAUUGUACUGUUUUGAGAAUUGAAUUAAAUUCUUGGCUCAGGGUUGAUGGCCAUCGUUUUAGCUUUUGGGGUGGUCAACCACCCGUCCACCCCCAAAGGGUGGUCGGCCACCCCUCCACUUAAAGGGGUGGUCUGGCAACCCCAUUACUUUGUUUUUGUAUUUUUAUUUUUAUUUGAAGGUUUACUUGGCUCAAUUCAAACCAUUCAGUUUAGAA